AUGCAUUUCCGAAAUCCUUACAAGGAACCCCCAGAUUUCGCUAUUCUGGCCGAAUGCUAUCCAAAAUUGCGCAAAUACCUCAUACCUGGACACGAUGGGCACACCACUAUUAAUUUCUGGAACAACGAUGCACAAAGGGCUUUGACUGAGGCUCUGAUGCUUCGAGAUUUCUCGAUAAGGCUCACGCUUCCUGCCGAGAGACUAUGCCCACCGGUUCCUAAUAGGUUGAAUUACAUUUUAUGGCUGCAAGACAUCGUACGGCAUUCUCCAGCAACAUUAGACGGCACUGUACGAGGACUAGAUGUCGGCACCGGAGCGUCCGCUAUAUACCCUCUUCUUGGGUGCAAACUCGAGUCGAAGUGGACAUUCAUCGCCACAGAUAUUGAUAAAACAUCUUACGAGAGUGCAUUACUCAAUGUCGCUCGUAACGACCUCCAAGAACGCAUCAAAGUGCAGCUAUCCGAUGCUGACGCUCCAUUAUUCAAGCUACUGGCCGUCGAAGACUCUUCUACUGUAUUCUCAUUCACUAUGUGCAAUCCGCCAUUUUACGCCACUGCCGAAGAGGUCUCGCGGUCCACUGAAAUGAAGCACCUCCCUCCAAACGCCGUGUGCACUGGAGCUGAUGUUGAGAUGAUAACCGAUGGGGGAGAGGCGCGUUUCGUACGACUGAUGGUAGAAGAAAGUUUACAGCACCCUCUGCGCUGCCGGUGGUAUACAUCCAUGCUGGGGAAGUUGAGCUCCCUCAUGGAGGUAGUCGACGAUCUGAAAAGUAAUGAUGUGGACAACUACGCCAUUACUGAAUUUACACAAGGACAGACGCGUCGGUGGGCCGUCGGGUGGUCGUUUUACCGCGAUCGCUUGCCUGACUGGAUCGCACGUAUUGGGAAUCCCAAUCCGACGAUACAAGGAUUAUUGCCAGGGAGAAACACCGUUAUCCAACCGCUCAAAAGCAAGACAUACUGUGACCCACGGGUUCUAAUGGGAGUAAUCAACGAAAUCAAAGACGCUUCAGUCCAGCAAAAGCAAACCGCCGAAUGGGAUGAUAGUGACGCUCCUUUGAAGUUGAUAGUUGAAGUGACGGGCGAUACUUGGUCCCGGAAAGCACGACGAGCAAACAAAUCAUCACAAACGAAAUUCAACGCCGAGAUGGAGAAAUGGGAGAAGGGGAUAGCAGUGUCUGUUUUUUCAGUGGAAUGGAAAAAUGAUGGCGGAAGUUUGUUGGUGUUCCAAUGGAUACGAGGCGAGGAUAGAGCGCUGUUUAUGAGUUUCUCUAGCUAUGUGACAAGAAAGGUGCAAGAUAUAAUAUAG